AGUCUUAUGAUUCCGCUGUCAAAUAAAUUGUUAAUAUCUUUUGGUAUAAAUAUCCCAUACUACAGUGAGGUCAGCUGCGGCUUAUUGUCUCGUGGGCUUAUCUCUGAACAAAUGCCAUUUUCGUGUUAAAUUUAGUGGGUGGCGGCUUAUAGACAGGUGCGCUUUAUGGUCCGAAAAUUACAGGAAUUUUUUUUUUUUUUUAAUUCUUGGUUGGAUUAUAACGGGGCGGCCGUGGCGCAGUUGGUAGCUUGAGUUGUCCUGGGACCGAAGAGUCAGCGGUUCGAUUCCUGCUAUGACUUCCCACUGUUGAAGUGCCCUUGGACAAGGCACUGAACGCCAACUUGCCCCCAAUGGGUUGGCAGCACCUUGCAUGGCAGCAGCCCCAUUGGUGUGUGAAUAUGUGCGUGAAAGGGUAAAUGUGUGCUAAGAUAAAGCGCUAUAUAAGUACACUCCAUUUACCAUGAUUAUACAUGAAUGUUUUAACUAAUUUUUUUUCAUAUUUUUUAAAGAAUUUUUUAUUUUGUGUGUCUAAUUUUUCAAUUUAAAAAAAAAUUUGACUCUAAUUCAGUAAUUUUUUGCAUUCAAGCUUAAUGGACGUCUUUCGCCAUAUUGUCAGGGGCGGGCAAAACUACUGAAUAUUAGAAAAUGUUAAGUCACUUUUUUUCUUGGUGGAAGAAAAGAGUAUUCAUUGAUAUGAUAAUUCAGUGUCUAAAAUCAUUGAAAUACAUAUUCUGACUGCUUGUAAAAUUCUCGGAUUGAAGGGUUGUUCACCUGACUUACAUUUUAUAGCUAAAACACAUGUUUUUAUUUCAACACAGGCACCAUAAAACCAUAGAUUUGUGUGAUUGGGUGCACUUGGCUCACUUUCAUGUCCGCAGUUACAUAUUUCAUAUGCCCCCUCCCAGUCAAAAUUGAUUGGCCAUCUACCACUGUCAAUGGCAGCCAAAGAGUUAACAAGGAAGUGACCCAAAAAUGCCCCAAAGCCCACAGAAAGUAGUCUGGAAAUUAGGUGUGGGAACCUCUUGGUACCUCAUGAUACGAUACGAGUUGCGAUACAAAACUCAUGAGAACGAUGAUCUCCCGAUAUGGCGAUACAAUGAUUAUCGAUACAUUCAGGAAAUCACUCUAUGAUAUUCUGCAAAAAAAACUCAUGCGCAGAAAACCAAGCUAUUUUCACCUCCUGCUGUAAGUUUAUCACUAGUAGACGUCCAAUCCAUUCGAGCUGGGAGGGUGACAGCGAAUUAACGUCUCCCACUUCACAUGAGCUCCUCCCUCUUCUAUGGCCGUCAGUGGAAGCCAACGCAAGCAACGAGUCCACCACCUGACUCGCCGUCCACUUGCUGACCGGCUCCAUCACCAGCGCCAUGGGGGGUAAACUUUCCGCCUCCGGGUAACUCCUCGGAUUCCGCUAGCGUAACGCGGCGUUGGGCUGCGGCCGUCCGUGGCUGCUCCGGAACAUUCCCGAGCUGGCUCGUCCGCCUCCUGGCAACCGGAGACGGCGAGAUGCGGCUCGUGAGCGGAGGCGCGGCGCUCUCCCCGCUCUCUCUCUCUCCUCUGAUGACGUCGCGCACGCGCCUCGUGGGCGGAUCCACGCGCACGUACGUCGCAGAUAGGAUGGAGCGUGGAGGGAAGAUGUCAUCCUCCAGAGGCUCUCAAUCAAAACUGCAGUGGCUCGCUCCCCCUCCCGGACUCUUCACGGGGGACCUCCAAGGUAUUUUGAACUUCAUUUCCCGCCAUUGACGGCGGUAGACGUCCGAUCUGUUUGGACUCAGAAGGGACGGCAGCGUUAAUCGGCUGCGCAAAACAUGCAUCCAUGUGUUACGACAGCAACACUUAACUGUGGAAUUUUUGGCUUGGUGCACCUCACAAGGAACAUGCAGCAGCAAGCACCAGCCGUGAUGAGAACACCACAGCUGCAAAACAGGGAGGUCCUCACUAGAUACUGAACCGGAACAGUUCUGGAAGAAAAUGAAGUUAUUAAGGCUCAUCAGUUUCUUGGACUGUCGAAUAUCCCGCGGCGCCGCCAUUUGUUCGGCCAGCAAACUUACAGCCGUACCUCGGGACAUCCCGGCAACGGUUAAAAGCUUUGACUUGGCUGUGAACAAAAUAUCCAAGAUCCGAGCAGAUGAUUUCACUAAUUACACGUUGCUGUUGCAGUUAGACAUGAAACGAAACAUUAUUUCACAGAUAGGAAAAGGUGCAUUUGCCAACCUGCGUUCUCUCCAAAAGUUAAACCUGAAUAAUAACAGACUGCCGCAUCUUGAAGAAGAUGUUUUUCACGGUUUGAGCAACCUGACCGAGCUAAGAAUAACGAGCAAUUACAUCAAAACUGUGGAUUCUAACGCCUUUAAGCCUCUGAGAAAUUUAAACAUCUUGGACUUGUCCUUCAACAGACUGCAACACUUGAGGACUGUUCACUAUGUAAUACAGCAUCUACCAAAUCUGCAGUUUCUGUUUGUCAAAAAAAUAGGUUUAACCAUUUUCCGGUCCUGGGAACUGACCAACAGCACCUUAAGCCUAGCGUACCUAGAUCUGUCCCAGAAUGAUAUCGAUGUCUUCAGCAUCAGCGCAAAUAUUUUUCAAAAUCUCACUUGGCUGAACAUCGGCGGAGCUCCGAGAAAGCACAAGAUGUUAUGGAAGGUGAGCGAAGAGAAGGCUCUCAGGCGGGUGACCACGCUCGAUAUCGGCGGUCAUCAUUUGGCACAGAAAGACGCCACGGUGCUUUUCCAGAGCUUCAACUUCUCGCUGAGCACUUUAAGAAUGAAUGCGAUGAGAGGCAACCUCAGAGAACUGAUCAACAUGUCCUGUACAAUCCCGACCCUGACUCUUUUGCAACUCAGACGCAAUUCGCUCCGGCUGGUGAAUUCCAGCCUGUUUCAGCCCUGCACGACAGUCACUGAGUUGGAUUUGGGUGACAAUCUCAUUUUUAACAUCUCCAACGACUCCUUCGUAGUCUUUCUUGGUCUGAAGAGCUUGACUCUGAGCCAAAACAGGCUCUCCUUUGUCCCUCCUGCUGUUAGGAAUCUGACGAGACUUCAGGAGCUGGACCUGAGCUCCAACAACAUCAGCUCGCUCGGUUGUCAAGACUUUGCGGAACUUGGCAAACUCCAAGUGCUCGGCCUUUAUCAAAACAAGAUCAGGACGAUAAAGCAGUGCGUCUUUAAGGAUCUGACUAACCUUCGGGUCCUCAAACUGCAGGCCAACCAAAUCACAAAACUGAACAGCGCUUUUAAAAGAUACCUGUCAAAUCUUAGACAGCUGAAAUUGGAUAAGAAUAGACUCACUACUAUUGAACAGGGAGAGUUUGAAGGCUUGCGGUCUCUCCAGAACCUAUCAAUGAUGAAUAAUCAAAUCAGCCAGCUUAAAAUCGGUUGUUUUUUGGGCCUGACAAAUCUGACCGACAUACUGCUGCAAUCCAACGAGAUCCAGGCCACUGACAUAACCGCAGCUGUAUUCAGCGAUCUGGUUAAUUUAAGAAGGUUGUUUUUAUUGGACAAUCGCAUCAAGUUCAAGAACCAUUCAGUAUUGCCGUCGGCACCGUUCUCCCGGCUUUCUAGGCUUGAGGCCUUGGUUAUGGCAGGGCAACACAGCAGAGGCAGAUGUCAAUUCCCUGUCAACUUUCUGCAAGGUUUGACUAACCUCCUCAUUUUUGAUGCCAGGAAUACCCAGCUCUUCCCCUUGCACCAAGACACAUUCACAUACACACCUCGCCUUCAGACGCUCGACAUCAGCUCAAAUGAGCUCACAGAUAUCUCUCCCAGGUUGUUUGAUCCCAUCCAGAACCUCCGAAGCCUUUACAUUUCAAGAACCAGUCUUCAAUCGCUUGAUUUCCUAAAGGACACCAACCUUACCAACCUGGAAUUCUUACAAGCUCGACGGAACCAGUAUUCAGUCAUCACAAAGGAACAAAUGAGCUCACUUCCUGGUCUGGUGUAUUUAGAUCUUCAAGGGAACAGUUUCCUAUGUGACUGCGACAACACCUGGUUUCUCCAGUGGAUGAACAAAACUGAAACCCAGGUUUUUGACGCCUAUAACUUCGUAUGCAACUACCCUCUACACCUCAAGGGUAUGAAGCUUCUGGACCUCGAUGUUGGAUCCUGUUCAAUAGACAUAGAGUUUAUACUCUACACCUCUACCUCGUGCGCCAUCCUUCUGUUUCAGUUGGUGGCUUUCACCUACCAUUUCUUGCGAUGGCAUCUGGCCUAUGCCUACCACCUCUUCUUGGCUUUCCUAAAUGAGAGGAAAUAUCAGGACAAGCAGCCCGAGUGUCUCUAUGACGCCUUCGUCUCUUACAACGCCCACGACGAGGGCUGGGUCUUCAGGGAGUUGGUGCCCAAACUUGAGGAGCAGCAGGGCUGGAAGUUGUGCCUGCACCACCGAGACUUCGAGCCAGGGAAACCAGUCAUUGAAAACGUCACCGAGGCCAUCUACGCUAGCAGAAAGACUAUCUGCGUGAUCAGUCGUAAAUACCUGGAGAGUGAGUGGUGCUCCAGGGAAAUUCAGCUGGCCAGCUUUCGCCUGUUUGACGAGCACAAGGAUGUCCUAAUCCUGGUCUUCCUGGAAGACUUAGAUGUCUGGGAGCUGUCUCCUUACUACCGCAUGAGGAAGUUGCUGAAGAAAUGGACUUUUCUGAGCUGGCCAAAGGCCGCACCAUGCCCCGAUCUCUUCUGGGAGAAGCUCCGGCAGGCCCUGAAGACCGGAGACGAAGCCGGUGGCGAACUGUUGCUCCUCACCGUGGAGGAAAGAGAUGCAUGAACGUGAUGAGGUGGAGGUAAUGAAAGCAGAACUGUGACCGAAAUGGUUCCAAUCUCAAAAUGUUUUCUACCGUGACGCAUACCUUGGAUUUUCCACGUCAGAGGAAGACCAUUUUAAAAAAGUAUUUCUUUUCAGUGUAAAUUUAGCCUUAAAAUGAAUGAAGUGUACAUUUUGAAGAGUAUGCAAGGUUUAAGUUAAUUAUGAGCUUUGCCAAAUAAAGUUGGUGCUAUGAGUAUUCAUAUUCGCAGUAAUAAUCCACUUCCUUUUUGGAUUCAUGUUUUUCUGGGUUGCCACGAUUAAUUGACUAAGGGGUCGGCAACCCAAAAUGUUGAAAGAGCCAUAUUGUACCAAAACAAAAAGUCUGGAGCCGCAAAACAUUAAAAGCCUUAUAUAGGCCUUAUAAUGAAGGCAACACAUGCUGUAUGUAUCGAUAUUAGCUUUAUUAACAUAUUAUCAAAAUGACUAAGUUGGCUAGGAAUACAUAAUGAGCCUUCAUGAUUAAAUGUUUAUUUUCCCUGCAGUGCAUCCUAUAGUGAAUGACGCACCACGUGACUACUCUGUUGUACGAUGCUGCCUCAAGUUUAACUUCACUACAGUAUUAAUGAAUUAAAAGAAUGUUUGUGUGAUGCUUGUCCUCCUAUAGAAACCACAUUAAAACAAAAAAUAUAUUUCCCUCCCACGUCUUUUUCCGUUAUCAAAAAUUUUUGACAAAAGCUCCAGGGAGAAAGCCAGUCGGGGGGGCAACAAGGUAUGUUGUCUCGGGCCUCAGGACCAUAGGGGCCCCUGAAUGACCCUUAUUUAAUUUUACUUUACAUUCACAUAUUUCCUUAUCAUUUAAAUCAUUGUCUGAUUAAAUAUUAUGUUCUACUUGGUACAGUGGGGCAAAUAAGUAUUUAGUCAACCACUAAUUG